AUGGAGCCACGGAAGAAAGAAAUUAUUAGAGACUACCGCUUGGCUGUUGAAGAGUGCCACCGUCUUCUACUCGAGUCAUUUUCAAAUUGGUAUACUGUUAUUUCCUUCGGCCGCAUCGGUUAUGAGAAAGAACAGUAUGGAAGAGAGUGUGUUGAAAAGGCUCUCCAAACAUUUAUUCUCGACAUUGGCCUACUUAGUGCUCUCUCAUUAGCAUCACAUCAGAUCACUCAUGAAAAGAUACCCCUUAGCAACCUCGUCAUAUUGCUGACUUGGUGGCCUCGACUGAUCCAACUUCUUUUGUCUAUUGCCGGUGGUUUUGAUUUUGUCAAGUCGAGGUUGCCAGACACGAGAAGCUUCCUCGAACUCAUCCAGAGGCAGCCGACAGUGGCUGAACAUUCGGAUGCGAAACCUAUGAGCAUUAAAGGUGGCAAAAUACAAUUCAUUAAUGUCUCAUUUUGUUAUGAUCACCGCUACCCCGCGUUAAAAAAUGUCACAUUUGAUUUCCUGCCUGGUCAGGUGAUAGGAGUCGUCGGCGAGACUGGUGGUGGAAAGUCUACAAUUUCCAAUCUACUUUGUCGGUUCUAUGACCCAACAUCAGGGUGUAUCAGAAUUGAUGAGCAGGACAUCCGUGGUAUCACCCAGAAUAGUCUUCGGGACGCUAUUGUAGUGUCUCCUCAGCAACAAGAUAUCUUUACCAAUACAAUUAUGUAUAAUAUUCGAUACGCCAAGCCGUCCGCAUCUGAUGCAGAAGUCUAUGAAGUCUGUAAGAUAGUUCAGGCUCAUGACCAAUUCUUACGAAUGGGUUACGACAAGAUAAUUAAAAAGGAGAUUAAACUAUCCGGCGGCCAGAUACAGAAGAUUGGAAUUGCGCGGGCCCUACUAAAAGAUACACCAAUAAUCAUCCUUGAUGAGCCUACCAGUGCAAUCGAUCCUGCCACAGAAAGCAACAUUCUAGAGAACAUUCGCAUCCGCCUCCAAGGACGAACUAUAAUAAUAAUCACACAUCGCCUACCAAUUGUUGUUAACGCAAAUCAUAUUCUUGUCAUACGUGAUGGCCGCCUCGUGCAACAGGGUACUCAUAAAGAACUACUACAAGGCAACAAUUAUUACCGUGAGCUUUGGUCUCAGCAUACUAGUCUAGGCAAGCUCAGCACCGAAGUGGAUUAUAUUUAG